CCAAGAGAUAGUAAAAGAUAUUUUCUUUCUUCCAUUUCUUUAGUAACAAACGCGCGUUUGCUUUUGUUUUUGAAUCUAGCGACUACUGGUCAAGUUCAAGAGCAUUUUCAGUUUUCGUCUCAUGAUUAUUUGGAUUAUUAUUAAGGAUCAUUAGCCAAGUGUGUCGAUGUACAGUUUUAAAUUGUAAUGAGACGCGAAAUUUUUUGUUGAAUAGUUCGUGAAAUGAAAUAAGCUAUAAUGCCGGUUACUUGGAAGAAGUUUAAGUGUGUAGUUUGUGAAUUUUUGUAAACAAUUAUAGCUGAUUCUUACUAUUUAUAAGUUAUGAGUACGCUGACGGCGAACUUUCUCGAAUUCGGGGCCACAGCGGCAGCUACAGCUUCAAAUUUGGGAGUUUUCAUACCGGCCCUGGUAGCUGCGAUAGCCUAUUUCCAGUACGAUCUUCUCGAUCCUGAAUCCAGGCCGAUCGAUGUACCAACGACGGAUUUACUUGAUAGUUACGACUUUAUAGUGGUUGGAGCAGGAUCAGCCGGAGCAGUAGUAGCGAACAGAUUAAGUGAAAUCGAACAAUGGAAAAUUCUGUUACUGGAGGCCGGCGGAGACGAAACAGAGAUAUCAGAUGUACCUUUGAUGGCCGGGUACCUUCAAUUAUCACAGCUAGACUGGCAGUAUAAGAGCGAACCACAAGGACAAGCAUGUUUAGGUAUGACCAAUGGAAGAUGUAAUUGGCCAAGAGGCAAAGUCAUUGGUGGUUCAUCAGUACUCAAUUACAUGCUUUAUCUGAGAGGUAACAAAAAGGAUUACGAUAUAUGGGAGUCUUUGGGUAACCCUGGAUGGGGCUCACAGGAUGCAUUGUAUUAUUUCAAGAAGAGCGAAGAUAAUCAGAAUCCCUACUUGGCUAAAACUGCUUAUCAUGGUACUGGAGGAUACUUGACUGUAUCGGAACCACCUUAUAGAACACCAUUGGUUGCAGCAUUCGUAGAAGCCGGCAAACAACUAGGCUACAAAAACAGAGACAUCAACGGAGAAUUCCAAACCGGCUUCAUGAUGGCCCAAGGAACGGUCCGACACGGAUCCAGGUGCUCAACAGGAAAAGCUUUUCUGAGACCAGUGAGGCUGCGCCCAAACUUACACGUAGCGAUGAAAUCGCACGUGACAAGAGUUCUCAUAGACCCGACCACCAAAGUGGCUUUCGGCAUCGAAUUCGUCAGAGAUGGCAAAAUACAUCGGAUCAGAGCCGAGAGAGAAGUUAUUUUAUCAGCUGGAGCUGUUAAUUCGCCUCAAAUUUUAAUGCUGAGCGGAAUUGGACCUAAGGCUGAGUUAGAAAAGCAUAAAAUUCCUGUUAUACAAGAUUCACAAGUGGGAUCAAACCUUCAAGACCACGUCGGGCUUGGAGGAUUGACAUUUAUAAUAGACAAAGAAGAUUCGAUUACUUUGGACAGAGUUUAUGCUGCUGGACCAUUAAUGCAAUACGCUAUUUGGGGUGGAGGACCUUUAACCAUUAUGGGAGGUGUUGAAGGACUAGCAUUUGUAAACACUAAAUACGCUAAUGCUUCAGAUGAUUUUCCAGAUAUAGAAUUUCAUUUCGUGAGCGGUGCUCCUCAUUCAGACAAAGGAGCUCAACUGAAAAAAGCCCACGGCCUUUCAGAUGCCUUCUAUGAUAGGGUUUUUAAGCCUAUUGAAGGUCAAGAUGCUUGGAGCAUUAUUCCUAUGCUGUUAAGGCCAAAAAGCAAAGGUUUUAUUAAAUUGAGAAGCAGAAAACCGUUUGAACCACCUCUAAUUUAUCCUAAUUACUUCUUCGACGAUUUCGAUAUGAAGACAUUAAUUGAAGGAGCUAAAAUUGCUGUGGCUGUAAGUCAAACGCCAGCUUUCCAGAGCUACAAAAGUAAACUUCACGAAUUCCCUCAAUGCACUCACAUACAAAAAUAUUCAGACAAAUACUUCGAGUGCAUGAUCAGGUUAUAUUCGGCCACAAUUUACCAUCCCGUAGGGACCGCUAAAAUGGGACCAUAUUGGGACCAAGAGGCAGUGGUGGAUCCGCAAUUGAGGGUCUACGGCAUAAAAGGUUUGAGGGUGAUCGACGCAAGCAUUAUGCCGAAUUUGGUGAGCGGAAAUACGAACGCUCCAGUGAUAAUGAUUGGCGAAAAGGGUUCGGAUUUGAUUAAGGAAUUUUGGUUGAAGACUAUGAGAGUGAAUAGGAUUUAUAACAGGAAUUUGGAAGGAAUUUAGUGGAUAGUGAAAUGUGUUAAGGUUGAAUGAGAUUGGUUAUUUAUUGAUAUUUUUAUACUUAGACUGCACUGAUUUAUUUUUAAUAAAAUGUAAAUAGAUUUAUUGUUUAUUGUUUUAGAAAUAAAUUGUAUAUUUUUUAAUUGCAUUAUGUGAAUGCUUUCAAGAUAUUCGCACCUUUUGGAAGAUAAGAUAAUUUUAG